AUGAAUGUUAACUAUAUAUCAGAUUGUCUUCAAAGUAUUGGCCAUUAUGGCAAAAUAAUAUCAGUUGAACAACAGCUAAUUCUGCAAAAUAGCCUCCUGGUCCUGCAAAAUGAGAACCAUUUUCGCAACGUUUAUUUUUGGGGUCAAAUCCUUGGUGAGGUCAAAGACUAUUAUGUUGCCUAUGGGUAUGUAACUGAUGCUCUGUAUGGAAAAAUUUACUAUUAUAGUAAUGAUGGUAUGAAUUGGGGAUUACUUCCAAAACCUACAAAAAAUGGUUUACUUCUUACUCCAUUGUGUACUACGAGGUUUCAAGGAGACGCUGCCCUGAUCAUUGAUAUUUUGAUUGGAGUAGAUGAACCUAACAUAGGAGAAAAGCUAAAAGCACCUCAAAUAAGAAAACUCAAAGAAGAAGACAGAUUAGCUUCGCUGAUUCACAUUAUUUCUAACGAAGCUGCUGUAAUACCUAGAGGAGCAAAAAUUCGCCGACCUGAUGGAGUUAUUGUUGAUAAUUUAUCUUUUGAAGGGCUCGCAUGCUUAGAAGCCAGAGAAGUGUAUUCGUAUUUGCAUGAUAGAAUUCCAACGCAAAAAUUCAACACCAACCUGCUAACGCGUGAUGACUACAACUAUGCUACUGAUUUUAUGGAUCCUUUAGAUAUUGAUAAACCUGAAGGAAAUUGGAUUGUGGAUAUUCCGAUAGGAGAUUCUAUUGUGCUUUUAAGAUCGCUAUUUUGGCCAGGCUUGGUUUUUUACCAUUUUUUAAAUACUCACAAGCAUGGAGUAGUUUACAUUGGUUAUGGAAAGAAAUGUAUCGAUGUACCGUUUAUGUUAAGCCCCUUUACAUAG